CAUCUUGACUGAGGGAAAGACACCAGUACUUGGUUCCCUGGGCAGAGGAGAAGCGAUUUUCAGCAAACACCAAUCCGCGUCCAGAGUCACCACCGGAGAGAUAUUGUGAAUCUCCCGUCCCCGGGAAUGGAAGUGACACCCUGACCGAUCCUCAUUACAUCAUCACCGGGGACCACGCCCUGAUCCGGGGCAAUGCUGAGAAAAGCUCCAUUCAUCAGUCCUCCCAACACAGGAUGCAACAUGGCGGCAGCUAUGGAGACUGAGCAGGUCGGAGUUGAGAUUUUUGAGUCGGCAAGCAGCCAUGGAAGCACAGAGCCCACCGGGGGAGACUCCAAGCCGGACCCCUUCUACGUGGAGCGCCAUUCGUGGAGCCAGAUGCGGAAGCUGCUGGCAGACACCAGGAAGUACCACGGGUAUAUGAUGGCCAAGGCCCCUCACAGCUUCACCUUUGUAAAGAGGAAUGACCCAGAUAGCCCUCACUCUGAUAGAAUGUACUAUCUGGGUAUGUCAAUGUCCGGAGAGAACCGAGAGAAUACACUAUUCUACUCUGAGAUCCCAAAGAACAUUAACAGAGGCGCAGUUCUCAUGCUGUCCUGGAAACCCCUACUGGAUACCUUUCAGGCCACCCCUGAUUACGGCAUGUACUCCCGGGAAGAGGAGCUUCUGCGAGAAAGAAAACGUAUCGGGACGGUGGGCAUCUCUGCUUUUGAUUACCAUGCAAAGAGUGGAACCUUCCUCUUCCAAGCUGGCAGUGCCAUCUACACUGUUCGAGAUGGGGGCGCCCGCGGGUUCACGAAGCAGCCUCUUCAGCCUCAUUUAUUGGAAAGCAGUUGUCCCAAUAUCCGCAUGGAUCCCACCAUCUGUCCAGCAGACCCCAAUUGGAUAUCGUUUGUACACAGUAAUGACUUGUGGGUCGCCAACAUAGAGAGCGGAGAGGAGCGCAGGCUGACCUUCGUACACAAAGAUAUGGUUGGAGUGGAGGAAGACUCGCGGUCUGCGGGUGUAGCGUCAUUUGUGCUGCAGGAAGAAUUUGAUCGCUACACUGGAUAUUGGUGGUGUCCUCGCAAUGAAUCAACGCCAUCAGGUGGCCAGAUUCUGCGUAUCCUGUAUGAAGAGAAUGAUGAAUCUGAGGUGGAGAUAAUUCAUGUGACCUCCCCAAUGCUGGAGACUCGCAGGACAGAUUCAUUUAGGUACCCCAAAGCUGGGACUGCAAAUCCAAAAGUGACAUUUAAGUUGUCGGAGAUCACAGUGGAUUCGGAGGGCAGGGUUCUGGACGUGGUAGACAAGGAACUCCGGCAGCCGUUUGAAGUGCUUUUUUCAGGGUGCGAAUAUAUUGCUAGGGCUGGAUGGACUCCUGAUGGAAAGUAUGCUUGGGCUAUCCUGCUAGAUCGUCCACAGACACGUCUGCAGAUUGUCCUCAUCCCACCCUCCUUGUUUGUGGCACCCUUUAAAGACCUAUCGGAGCACCAUCGGCUGUCAGAAUCCACAUCGGACUCCAUAGCACCACUUGUGAUAUACGAGGAGACAACAGAUAUAUGGAUAAAUAUCCAUGACAUCUUGCAUUUUUUUCCGCAAACCCGGGAGGAUGAGAUCCAGUUCCUUUUUGCCUCUGAGUGCAAGACAGGAUUUCGGCACCUUUAUCGGAUCACCAGCCUGUUGAGAGGAGCUGGUACUGGUAGGGCAGGAGCUGAUCUUUUAGGGCUCAGUGACUUUAGGUGCCCCAUAAAGGAGGAGGUGGCGGUGACCAGCGGAGAAUGGGAGGUUCUUGGCAGACAUGGAUCCACUAUUCGGGUGGAUGAGAUCAAUAAGUUGGUCUAUUUUGAGGCUACAAAGGACACCCCUCUAGAACACCAUUUGUAUGUUACCAGCUAUGAGACUCCUGGAGAGGUGACAAGACUCACGGACCUGGGCUUUUCCCAUUCCUGUUGCGUUAGUAAGCACUGCGAUAUGUUCAUCAGCCGUUUCAGCAGCCAAACCCUCCCACAUGCAGUACAUCUUUUGAAAAUGAAAGGCGCUGGGCCCGAUCCUGCCCAGAGGGACAAGGAAUUUUGGGCCACUCUUCUUGAGUCACCAGGCGCUGUCCCUGGGUAUGUCCCCCCAGAAAUAUUCUCUUUCCCCAGUCGGACAGGAUUCACUCUUUAUGGAAUGAUGUAUCGGCCUCAUCAGCUACAGCCGGGGAAGAAGUACCCUACUGUCCUUUACAUUUAUGGAGGACCACAGGUUCAACUAGUUAACAAUCGAUUUAAGGGAGUCAAGUAUUUCCGGCUGAAUACCCUCGCUUCUCUUGGUUAUGUAGUUGUAGUCCUUGAUAAUCGUGGUUCUUGUCACCGUGGUUUGAAGUUUGAAGGCGCAUUUAAGUACAAGAUGGGCCAAGUGGAGAUAGAAGAUCAGGUGGAGGGGCUGCAGUAUCUGGCUGCCAAGCACAGCUUCAUAGACCUCGACAGAGUUGGUAUCCAUGGCUGGUCUUAUGGAGGCUACCUCUCCCUUAUGGCCUUGAUCCAGCGACCUGACAUAUUUAAAGUGGCCAUUGCUGGAGCUCCAGUGACACUUUGGAUCUUUUACGACACGGGAUAUACAGAGCGGUACAUGGGCCACCCUGACCAAAAUGAACAUGGUUAUUACCUGGGCUCUGUGGCGAUGCAAGCUGAGAAGUUUCCCUCAGAACCAAGUCGUCUGCUCCUCUUGCAUGGUUUCCUGGAUGAAAAUGUGCACUUUGCUCACACGAGCAUCCUGCUUAGCUUUUUGGUGCGCAGCGGGAAACCGUAUGACUUACAGAUCUAUCCUCAGGAGCGUCACAGUAUUCGGGUUCCUGAGUCAGGAGAACAUUAUGAACUGCACCUCUUAUAUUACCUGCAGGAAAACCUGGGCUCUCACAUAGCCGUUACCAAAUCCUUGUGAGCCACAGUGUUAAUGGUGCUCUGGGUGGGAAUUAGGAGUGCUGCUCCCCCCCCCUGCUGCCGGCAAAUAAAGGCACCCCCUCGUACACCCCAUAAACACAGCUUCCUUCUAGACAGACUUUCAGAG